AUGGUCCACCCAGCUUCAACCUGCUGCAAAACCAACCCCACCGGCGGCUGCGUCUGCGCGGCACAGGCCAAGUGCUCCUGCGGCAAGGAAUCCGCCCUGCACUGCUCGUGCAACAAGGCCUCGACUGAGAAUGCUACUGCGGGAGCGCGGUGCUCGUGUCGCCUUCGUCCCGCGGGCGAGUGUACGUGUGAGCGUGCGACGACGGAAAAUCACCCUGUGACCGGGGAGGCGUGCCCUUGUGGCAAGAGGCCUGAGGCUUCUUGUACCUGUGAGAAGGCUAGUGCCGUUGAUGCGGCUGUUGAGCCUCUUGAGACGGACUUUACCACCCGUGCUUAG